AUGAGUUGCGAAUAUUAUGUUUUAGCCUUUGUCAGCGGAACCCCCGCAACCGUUAGCCAGCUCUUCCUAUCUACGGUGAGAUGUCCUAAUCCUGAAUUGCACUUCCUCUCCUUACACCCCAGUGAGGCCGAGGCCGAGGUCUGCCGUCAGAUCGUCUUGGCGCUGCUCAGAAAAAAGCGCAGUCGCCUUCUAGAGCAUUUCGCCAAGCGUACCCAAGUUGACAUCCACACCGUAGAUAGCGUUCAGGGGCGUGAGAAGGAUAUCGUAGUCCUCCUGACAACGACAGGCCGA